AACGACCACAUACGGAAAUUCAUACUUGAGAGUGAAACAAGUUCCGACGAUUUUCUCUUUUAGUGAAAAGCGAGCUGAAAUGUGAAUAAAACUGGUACUCAUUCAUUGCUUUUCUACUCGCUGGUGCGUGCCGCCGACGCACGGACUACCGUGCGUGCGUGUCUGAACUGCUUUAGUCAGUUGAGGAAAGAGAAAAAAGAGGAAGCAGUUCCGCCCUUAAAAGUAUUUCGAAGGCCGAGGAGAAAAGAGGCCAGAGCCAGCGACCCACUCAGCCCGCUUCAAAACCCAAAGUGAGCCCUGAACACGGUGCAGUUGUUUUGGUGGAUGGGCAGUAGCUCUCCGGGGGGAACUUUGCUUCUCAGGUGCGUUUGUGCGUGAAAAACUUCGCUGUAGAAAAUGAGCUUCAUGUGAAGAACUUUCACUUUGAAGCCGCACCGACAAACCGUCCAUGCUGGUCUCUUUUGCUAACAUUAACGUCAACAGGCGGUUUUACUCUGUGGAUUUUGGGGUCGGAUUUUACUGCUGGUGAACGGCGGGACCCUGACUCAGACCCUAGAAAUUUUUGAUCCGGACAAAUCCAGGUUCAAAACCAGUAUGAGUGGAAAAGAGGAAAGAUUCAAACUGGUGGUAGUGGGAGGAGGAGGGGUUGGGAAGAGCGCCCUGACCAUCCAGUUCAUCCAGUCCUACUUUGUGUCAGACUACGACCCCACAAUUGAGGACUCCUACACCAAGAUCUGCACUGUGGAUGGAAAGGAGACCCGGCUGGACAUCUUGGAUACAGCAGGUCAGGAGGAGUUUGGGGCGAUGAGGGAGCAGUACAUGCGCUCAGGAGAAGGCUUCUUACUGGUGUUUGCACUCAACGACCGGGGCAGCUACCAUGAGGUCCAGAAGUUCCACACCCAGAUCCUGAGAGUGAAGGACCGAGAUGACUUCCCCAUGGUGCUGGUUGGAAACAAGGCUGACCUAGAGCAGCAGAAAGUGAUCCCCAGAGAGGAUGCUCAGGCGUUUGCCAGAGAAAACAAGAUCCACUAUAUGGAGGCUUCGGCCAAGAAUCGCUACAAUGUGGAUGAAUCCUUCUUGGAGCUGGUGCGAAUUAUCAGAAGAUUUCAAGAGAUGGAGAGUCCUCCUCCUCAAACUCAUCACACGAGGAAACAGAAGAGUGGUGGCUGUCCCUGCGUCCUCCUCUAAGCACUGUUACUAUGGACACCAAAGCCUCAUCCCUCCAAAAAGGAGUGUGUUUAUGUGUGUUUGUUUGUUUGUGUGUGUGUGUGUGUGUGAGAGAGAGAGAGAGAGAGAGAGAGAGAGAAGGUCCAUCAUUAUGUUUUCAGAGGGUUUCACUUACAUUUUUGCUAAAAGCAACUUUGAAAUCAAUGUAAACUUCUAUUUUAAUGAGGACCCAAAGGGAGAGGUGUCAAUAGCAACAGAGUUAGCUUGGUGGAGAAGCAGGAAGUAGGUCCUGUGACUGGUACUGUACUCUUGACAUGGAGUAAUAAUAAUAUUACUGCACAUAGUGCCAACAUACAGAAAUAUCACACUGUCAUGUGUCAUAAAAAUGACCAAACUGCUGUUAGAAAGGAUGCCAAGUCCUACAGGUACAGAUGUUAGCAGUGUCAUCAUCAUCACCUCUGCUUUUAAAAUCACACAAUUUAUUUCCAACACUCUGCCUUUAGUGUACAAAAUGGAUGUGCUGAAAAAGUGUAUGGAACAUUUCAAGUUGCUCAUGAAAUGCGGCACGCCCAAAGACAAGGCAGAACAUCCAUGUUGUUAUGUCCCGUGCCUUCCUGUAGGGGGCAGCGGAGCCCCACAGCAGAACUGGAGGAAAAAAGGAGGAAACAAACAGUAGCUGUAAUUACAUUCCCAAAUGCUGCCUCCUUCCAUUGUUCCAGUUAUGUUGCCCUACAGAGAUAGAGUAUAACAUCCAUAAAUAUCAGAUGUUAAUUUAUGGGCCUGAUCAGAUUAUACAUGAUCCAGAUGCAGACUAUUUCAGUUUGGGAACUGCUGUUCCCUUAGCCAUGCACAGCUUACACUAGCUGAAUGAGGAAGAGUAAUUCAAAACUGGAUCAGCGUACAGUUAUUUGACAGUAUUCAUGGCCUGAGCAUUUCAACAUAUGAGGGAUGGGCAACAAGUUGGCCUGACAAAUACUCUGCAUGUUCAUUACUUUGGUGAAACAUACACUCUAUUCUGGUACUACUGUCUUCCACAUUCCUUUAGUUUGUAUAUUGUGUCUAAAAAUGACUUUUUACUUCUCACAGAAAUCAAAAACAGCACAUUUUAUAUUUUCAGCAUUAUUAGCAUUUCUCAAAGAAUCAGUGUUUGACAGUGUCAUUCAUAAAUACAGGAAUACAUGGUGUGUUUUAUUUUUCCACCACUGUUUUGUCAUGAUCCAGACUUCACUGAGCACGAUGUGUCACCUCUGUGAGAUCCACACCCCAGUAUGUCACCCUAACCAGCCAGUAGAGGUCACUGUUGCAGCAGCCAACAGUCACACAGUGACCAAGCACAUCCAGGCCUGGGCUAGCUGAUCCUGGGCCUUCGGUGUGAGUUUAGCCUGUGUGUCCCCGAUAUGUGUUCUUCGUUCAUUCUUUGUUCUUCAUUGGCAGUGAGACAACCAAAAAAAAAAAAAAACAACUCAUCUUUAAACUGUUUUUUUUUGUCAGUGCUUUUUAUUUACAAUAAAAGAUUCACUCAAGUUGGUGCACACCAAGAGAAAAUCUUUAUUAAAUUCACUUGAAAAAAAUCUUGCGGUACCUUACCAAUAUCCGGUUCCAUGUCAUCGAUUUGUAAUACUUCAGGAAUUUUGGUUUCACUUCUUUUUCUUUUUAAUAUGAAUUCAUAUUUAUGUCUACCUUACAACAUGCAGAGCAGUUUUAUAUUGAAAUAAA